AUGUUGUCUAAAGCGGUUUUACUGUCUUCGCGUCCAUUUAGCUUCAACAGAGUUUCACUGGCCUCCACUUCAUGUGCUCCGUUUUCCGUACGUGUCAGUACCUCAAUCACCUCGUCGCCGGUAGCCGGCGACACAAUUCCGGCGCUGGUAGUGUCAGAACAGCAAACAACCGAUAUUCCGCCAACCUCGCAGUCUGUAUUCGUGGCAGCUCCGCCCAUUGAAGUGGCACAAAAUAUAUGGUUCCGACCCACCCCUGAAUUGGGGCUUCUCUCACACUUGUUCGUCCUCUCCAUGGCUUUCGGUGCGUUUUUCUCAGUAGCUGUGGUUUCCAUUCCGACCCUAAUUGCUUUUGGAAGAUUAGGGGCUUCAGUGAAGAAAUUGUCAAAGGUUGUUUCGGAAGAAUCCACUUCUGAUGAUGUUAAGUCAAUGUUUGGUGGUAGGCAUAAAAUUGGUGGUGUUCCUAUGGGUACAAAGGACAAGAGCACUGUCAGAUCAAAAUCCUUUCGCAAGAAUCCUAACACUGCCAAUGUUGAGUAA